GCGGCAGGCGAGGGAGGGAGAGCUGUCUGGAGCAGCGGCGCCCGCAGUCUGAGCUCUGCGAUCCCAACCCGGGAGAGGAGGGUGGGGCGGGGCGCGGACGUCGGGAGCCAGCCUGGUCGCCCGGCCGGCCACGGAGACUGUCGCCAGGCGCCGAGGUUCCCAGUAAGGCUGCACAGAGGACCCCCUUAACUGUGGCAAUGGAGGGGGGCCCAGCAGUCUGCUGCCAGGACCCCCGGGCAGAGUUGGUGGAGCGAGUGGCAGCCAUUGAUGUGGCCCACUUGGAGGAGGCAGGAGGUGGCCCAGAGCCUGCCAGAAAUGGUGUGGACCCUUUGCCAAGGACCAGAGCUGCCUCCGUGAUCCCUGGUGGUGCUUCAAGACCCCCCCUAGCCCGGCCCAGCCUUUCAGCUAGGAAGUUCUCCCUGCAAGAGCGGCCAGCAGGAAGCUGCCUGGAGGCCCAGGCUGGGCCUUAUGCCACAGGGCCUGCCAGCCACAUCUCCCCACGGGCCUGGCGGAGGCCCACCAUUGAGUCCCACCAUGUGGCCAUCUCAGAUGCAGAGGACUGUGUACAGCUGAACCAAUACAAGCUGCAGAGUGAGAUUGGCAAGGGUGCCUACGGCGUGGUGAGGCUGGCCUACAACGAAAGUGAAGACAGGCACUAUGCAAUGAAAGUUCUUUCCAAAAAGAAGUUACUGAAGCAGUAUGGCUUUCCACGUCGCCCUCCCCCAAGAGGGUCCCAAGCCACCCAAGGAGGACCAGCCAAGCAGCUGCUGCCCCUGGAGCGAGUGUACCAGGAGAUUGCCAUACUGAAGAAGCUGGACCAUGUGAAUGUAGUCAAGCUGAUUGAGGUUUUGGAUGACCCAGCUGAGGACAAUCUCUAUUUGGUGUUUGACCUCCUGAGAAAGGGGCCCGUCAUGGAGGUCCCCAGUGACAAGCCCUUCCCGGAGGAGCAAGCUCGUCUCUACCUGCGGGACAUCGUCCUAGGCCUUGAGUACUUGCACUGCCAGAAGAUCGUCCACCGGGACAUCAAGCCGUCCAACCUGCUCCUGGGAGAUGAUGGGCAUGUGAAAAUUGCUGACUUUGGCGUUAGCAACCAGUUUGAGGGGAACGACGCUCAGCUGUCCAGCACAGCCGGGACUCCAGCAUUCAUGGCCCCUGAAGCCAUUUCUGAUUCUGGCCAGAGCUUCAGUGGGAAGGCCUUGGAUGUGUGGGCCACUGGGGUCACGUUAUACUGCUUUGUCUAUGGCAAGUGCCCAUUCAUCGAUGAUUACAUCCUGGCCCUGCAUAGGAAGAUCAAGAAUGAGGCCGUGGUGUUUCCUGAGGAGCCAAAGGUCAGUGAGGAGCUUAAGGACCUAAUCCUGAAGAUGCUAGACAAGAAUCCUGAAACAAGGAUUGGGGUGCCAGACAUCAAGUUGCACCCCUGGGUGACCAAGAGUGGGGAGGAGCCCCUUCCCUCAGAGGAAGAGCAUUGCAGUGUGGUGGAGGUGACGGAGGAGGAGGUGAAGAACUCAGUCAGGCUCAUCCCCAGCUGGACCACGGUGAUCCUGGUUAAGUCGAUGCUGAGAAAGCGUUCUUUUGGGAAUCCAUUUGAGCCCCAAGCUCGGAGGGAAGAGCGAUCUAUGUCUGCUCCAGGAAACCUAUUGUCGAAAGACAGGUGUGGUGAAGGGGGCAAGAGCCUGGAGCUCCCCGGCGUCCAAGAAGAUGAGGCUGCAUCCUGAGCCCCUGCAUGCGCCCAGGGCCACCGGCAGCACGCUCAUCCCACGCCUCCAAAGGCCCACUGCCCUCAUGCCGACAGCCGCCCCUGCGGGCAGGGGGCUGAGGACUGUGGCCCCUCUUCUGGCCCUCCUCCUUCUGUCAUGCUGCAUGACCUCAGCGCACAAGUCCAGGGACAGGAUUGGAAUGUUCGUCAUCUGGGGUUUGGGGGGCAGGGAUCCCAUGAGGCCUUUCUCCUUGUCCUGGCUUUCCUUGGUGGGACCCAUCCUGUGGGAAAGAGAGGUACCCAUGGUGCCUUAGAAAGCCCACCCGGCUAGCUGGCAAGGCAGGAGGGAGGAAACCAAGCUAGCAGGUGAGGCCUGGUUUGCCACCACAGCAGAGACCUCCCACUGGGAGUCAGGCAGGCCUGGCUCAGUUGCCUCAUGCACAUGGAGGGCUGUACCUUGCCCACCUCAGGGGGGUCCUGCAAGAGCUCUUGUCUACUGAGAAUGCUGAUAUGGAGGCUCUGAGUCCUCAGGGGAUAUUCCUGGGUCUCACUGAGGCAGGAGCCAGCACUAGAGAAUUCAGAUUCCUUUUUUGUUGUCUUUUGCUUUUAACAUUGUGGCGGGAGGGUGGUGGUGUGUAAAGCCCGCUUGGGAACAUCUGAAAAGCUCUCCCACAGCUUUGGGUGGUCCCCAGCACACUCAUCAUUAUUUGGCAGCCAGGUGGGGUGGGCUGACCUUCCUUGAUUGUUUCGCACUUGGUGCCAUCUGGAAAAUGGGUUAAAUGAAAGUUCUGGGCAGAAGCCUGAGCCAGGAGCACCCCCUUCCCUGCCCAGUUUACUCCCUCCCUGCAUGGCUCCUCUGUAGAAGAGACACCAGGGGAGGCCCGACCAAGGGCCCUGGACUCACAGGGCUGUGGCCUUGCAGAUGCUGAAGUAACUGGAAUCCACCUCCGCUCUGACACUGGCCUGCCCAUCUGGCCCCAGAAACUGCUCUCACAUUCCUACAACGAAGGACAAACUGCCCAGGUUGGAAGGCAGCACUGAAAGCAGGACCCUGGUGGGAUGUGCAUGCUGGCAAGUGGCCGCAGGGGCCUCCUGCCACCGCCUCACCCCCAAGACAGUUGACAUUUGGCCUGCACAGAGCUGGUGUGCUGGAGCAUGUGUGUGGGCCUGGCUGUGCUGGGGCAGACUUGAUCUUCUCCCUGGGAUCUGUGCCUGGCUGGCUUGGCAUUUACUAACCAAAUGCUCAAGAGGUUGAUCCCCAAAGGAAAAUAAAACAGGCCUCAGUUACCUCCCCUGAAAACAUGGGCCAAACAAGGGAUUUCAGUUGCCUGUGUGGGGCUCCUACUGCAGGAAGGCUGGUGCUGAAAAAGAAAGGGGGGUGGGGCUGGAGGAGCGUCUGUGUCCUGCUCAUCUUUGUGCCUGUGGGUAUAUGUCACACCUCCAUGCACACGCAUGUGUGUGCCCGUCUGCUGCACACAGCACACCUGCAUGUCUUGCACUGGCACAUGCAUCUGUAAUAUAGUUUCUAGGUGUCUUUAAGGCUAUGAGCAGAAUGUGGCUCAUUGUCAGUGGGCCCACAUUUCUCCCUGGCUCCUCUGCACUAAGGCAUUGUAACCCAGGGCUUAAAAAAUAAUUCGGUACUGUUUUUAAGAACACUUUUUUAGAGUUCAUGGGAGGCUGAUCACAGAUCCACAAGUUUCCUUGAGCAUCUCUACACUGGGGACUGGAUGGUGGGAGUCUCAAGGGGCUACAUCAGCUGGGCCUGCCCUCGCAGACCUCAGAGGUGGGCCUGGCUUUAUUGCCCAUGUCAGAGCCUGGAUGGGGUGCUCACCCCAUCACUGAGGGUUUUGGUUGGCCUUCUUGUUUUUGAAUGUAGCACAAGUGAUGAACAAACUCAAUAAGAGUGUUUUAAAAAUUAACUUCCCAGGAAGUGAGUUAAAAACAAUAAAAGCCCUUCCUUGAGUUAAAACAAAAA